UCUAAACUGAAAAGUAAAAAACCCUAGUUUGAAAAAAAAAAAUUGUUUAUUCCAAUUCCAUGACAUCCGCAUCGAUGUCUGAAAAGCUUUUUAUUAUUUUUGUAAUUUAAAAUGGGUUGAAAAUGAAAUAAAAGUCACAGUAGUGGAUGUGAAAACGUGAAAAAUAUUAUAAAAAGAAAAACUAAGAUGUGAUCAUGGCUGCAUCUAAGACAUUAUUAGUCAUAACAUUUUGGCUUCGAUGCACAAUAGUUUAUGGAUACGAGUUUAUAUCACAAUAUCCUAAAAUCCAAAAUGAGACAUUCCACUUUAAUCAUCUUGCCGUUGAUAGAGUCAGCGGCCAGGUAUACGUAGGUUCAGUGAACUCCCUUCAUCAGCUUAGCCCUGAUCUGAAGCCGAUACAUGUUGUUCAGACCGGACCUAAACUCGAUAAUCCUAUAUGCCAUGCCAGUGGUUGCCCUUCGACGGACGUCCAAACAACAUGGACCGACAACGUGAAUAAGAUUCUAGUGAUCGAUCAAGAAGCGAGAAUCGUGAUAGCUUGCGGAUCAGUGGCACAGGGUUCAUGUUAUAAGUAUAAGCUGGGAGAUCUUUCGGCGGAGCCUGAGUUUGUGGCUGAGAGUGUUGCAGCGAACGACGCGGAAGCCUCUACUUACGCGUUCAUUGGUCCCGAAAGAUACAACUCCUGGGACCGCUCUAAUGUGCUGUAUGUAGGAACUACGUUUACAAACAACGGAGAGUACAGACACGAUGUUCCCGCAAUAUCCAGCAGAGAUCUCAUGUCGCUUCAGCUGGCCCAGUUUACUUUCUCGAAGCAAAGUUUAAUACAAAUAGAUGUUAAAUACAGGGACAAUUUUCUAGUGCAAUAUGUUUACGGAUUUAACGCUAGUGACUAUGCUUAUUUUCUUAUUAUACAGAAACACUCUCAUCUUGCUGGCAAUGAAGAGCUAGGAUAUGUGUCUCGUUUAGCCCGCACCUGUGUUAAUGAUGACAACUACAACAGCUAUACAGAGGUGACUUUGGAGUGUAAUGUCCGAGAAGAAAAUAGUGGUAAGAGUGAAAUUGUCAAUUAUAAUUUAGUUCAAGAUGCAAAAAUAGCAAAGGCUGGUGUUAAUUUAGCUACACAGUUUGGAGUAGAGACUGGUGAUCCUGUACUUGUAGUAUCAUUUAGUCCAUCCAAAGGAAUCACUAACGAACCUAUUCCAAAAUCAGCCAUUUGUGUAUAUUCAUUACAAGAAAUAGAAAUUAAGUUUAAUGAAAAUGUUCAUAUGUGUUUCAAUGGUAGCACUAAGGCUCGUAAUAUGGGUUAUAUUUCAGGCAUGAUAUCUGAUGGUAAAUGUCCGAGUGUCGGCUCCACUGGUAACAUUCUUAAUUUUUGUGAGGUAGGCCUUAAAAUAAGUGGUCUUUAUCCCAUCAAAGCUAUGUCUGUCAUACAUUGGAAUGAUACUUUGAUCACUUCCAUUACUAUGUCUGUGACUGGGUUACAUACUGUAGCAUUUCUAGGUACCAAUGAUGGGACUUUGAAGAAAGUAUUAAUAGAUGCUGAAAAAGCAUUACAGUAUUCUAGUGAGGCUUUACUUCCUGGUCAGAAAAUUUUACCUGACACCACAUUAUCACCUUACGGCAAAACACUUUAUAUUUUGGCAAAAAAUACAAUAGUACAGAUUCCCACUGAAAAAUGUGCAGAACAAGGCAACUGUUCAUCUUGCCUAGAAUCAAAUGAUCCUCACUGUGGAUGGUGCUCUCUAGAAAAACGGUGUACAGUCCAAAGUAUGUGUCAAAAGGGUACACAAAGUGCACCCAGGUGGCUGUCUCAGUACACAGGACAGCAAUGCAUUGAUUUUGAACAAAUUCAACCUGAUAGAAUAUCAAUGUCUGAAGUGACUACUGUCCAAUUAAUUAUUAGAACUUUACCAGAACUUCCAUUUGGAGCCAAAUAUAAAUGUGUCUUUGGAAAUGCCCCCCCUAUAGAUGCAGCAGUGACAUCAACGGGCUUGGCAUGUCCUACACCUGAUAUUAAACACAGGCCUAAAAUAACUCAAAACCAAGACCACAUUUAUGUACCCCUUUCUGUUCACUCGUCGGAAACAAAUAAGGAUUUUGUUUCCCGUAACUUUGCAUUUUAUGAUUGUUCAAAGCACAUUACAUGUCAUACAUGCAUAAUGAGUGAGUGGGCUUGCAAUUGGUGUAUUUAUGAUAAUAAAUGUACUCAUGAUAUAUCUGUAUGCCAGAGGACCAUUAUAAGUGGUGAAAAUAAUCCAACUAAACUACUCAAUCAUGGAAUCGGUCACUGCCCUAGAAUUAGGCAAUACAAGAAACCAAUCUUGUUGCCUAACAAUGUACCAAAAGAAUUAGAGCUAGAAGUUGAAAACUUGCCACAUUUACAACCUGGGCACACAGGAUUUCAAUGUAUUGUCAGUAUUGAGUUAGCUAACAUGAUUUUACCAGCGAGAGUUGAAUCUAACCAUUUUAUUGUAUGUGACAAAACAAUGUACUCAUAUGAGGAAGAUGUGGGAGAAUAUAACAUAAGUGUUAAAGUUUUUUGGAAUCAUAAACAUUAUAUAGAUACAAUUACAAUAACCUUAUACAAAUGUGAAAUUCUUGGCUCUCACAGGGACCAUGCUGACUGUUCUCUUUGUAUUACAAGAAAUUCAGUUUAUCAGUGCACUUGGUGUGGCAAUUCAUGUUCUUAUAGUGAAUCUUGUUUGGAAAAUCCUGUGACAGAAUGUCCUAAACCUCGAAUUGACAUGAUUAAACCUCUGAGUGGACCUAUAGAAGGUGGAACUUUAGUUACCAUUGAAGGUAGCAAUUUGGGUUUGAGGGUUGAAGAAGUAACUGGAAAAGUGAGGAUUGGAGAUGUACUUUGUGAUAUUGUAGACUUUGAAGUAUCUGUUAGCAUAACUUGUAAAACCGGUCCAUCCAAUGGUUCAGUAGUUGCUCCAGUUAUAGUUGAAAAUGAUGCAGGUUAUACUGAAUCUUCUGUAUUAUUCAGUUACAAAAAUAUUAAACUGCAAGGUAUUUAUCCAUCCUUAGGUCCUGUUUCAGGAGGUACACAAUUAGCUAUUGGUGGGCAACAUCUUAAUAUUGGAUCAGCUAUUUCAGCAUAUUUGGAUGAACUAUCAUGUUCUGUAAACACAACUCAGACAUCAAAUAGUAGAUUAAUAUGCAUUACCCCUAAAGCUAAUGCACCUCGUAUUAUUCAUACAUUGACAGUAUCUAUAGAUAAUGCAAAUCGAACUUUGUAUGGAGACCUUUUUAAUUACACAGCAGACCCAACAAUCAUGGAGAUAAAACCGUUAAAAAGUUUUGUAUCUGGUGGAAGAAUGAUAACAGUUCAUGGUACAAAUUUGCAUACAAUUCAGAAACCACUUAUGAAAUUAUAUUAUGCUAAUGAACAGAUCCCUGUCAACGCCACAGCUUGUGCGGUACUAAAUUCGAAUCAAAUGGAAUGUCCCAGCCCGGCUGUGAAUAAAAAAUAUCAUGAUAUAUUACAAGCAACUAAGUCCCAGACAAAUACACCACAAAUAGCUAUGAAAGUAGGUUUUGUGAUGGAUAAUGUAGAGACAAUGCAUGAUUUAGAAAAAUAUUUCAAUCCACCCAGAACUCAUAUGGUAUUUGUUGAAGAUCCUCAUGUUUAUCAUUUUCCAAAUCGAAUAAAAUCCUACAAAGGUGAUCCUUUAGUUAUAGAAGGUGAAAACCUAAUCAGAGCAAGUGAUGAAUCAGAUGUAAUUGUCACUAUCGGUACCCAGCCAUGCAAUGUCACAAGUCUAACCAUGCAACAGUUGCUCUGUACGCCACCUGAAGUACAACCUCCUAAUACUGACGAGAACGGUUUUCAAAUUACGGAUAUUAAUUUACCCCUAGUAGUCGUAAAAAUAGGCAGAAAUUUACGAUUUCCGAUUGGAUAUUUACAUUACGAAUUACUUAGAAAUUAUAACUUCCCACCAGAGGCCAUAGCAGGGAUUGCAGCAGGAACCUUCUUUUUAGUUCUUAUAUUCAUGAUAGUUUUAGUUAUGUAUCGAAGGCGAAGUACAAAGGCAGAACGGGAGUAUAAAAGAAUACAAAUUCAGAUGGACACGUUGGAAAGUAAUGUAAGACUAGAAUGUAAGUUGGCUUUUGCAGAACUUCAAACUGAUAUGUCUGAUUUGGCAGCAGAUUUGGAACAUUCAGGCAUUCCAACCUUAGAUCAUGUAAAUUACGUGAUGAAAGUAUUCUUCCCUGGCGUAUCUGACCAUCCCAUAUUAAAUGUUCAGCGUCAAUUUAUAAAUACGCCUCGGACUAAUUAUGAUGCAGCCAUGGUUCAAUUUGAACAGCUAUUGAAUAAUAAAUGUUUCCUUCUGUCAUUUAUAGACACAUUAGAAGCCCAAAAAUCUUUCAAUAUACGAGAUAAAGUUAAUGUAGCUUCUCUAUUGAUGGUGAUUUUAAUGGGCAAAAUGGAAUAUGCUACAGAUAUUCUGAAGUCACUACUUUUACGUCUUAUUGACAAAUCAGUGUGCACCAAACAUCCUCAGCUAAUGCUGAGAAGAACUGAAAGUGUUGUUGAAAAAAUGCUUACAAACUGGAUGGCAUUAUGUAUGUAUUACUACCUAAAGGAGUAUGCCGGUUCGUCACUAUUUUUGCUGUUCAAGGCAAUCAAACACCAGAUUGAAAAGGGUGUUGUAGAUGCUAUAACCCAUGAAGCUCGAUAUUCUUUGUCUGAAGAAAAGCUUUUGAAAGAACAGAUAGAUUAUCAAGUAGUUACUUUGCAUAUAGUGCAAGAUGAUUUUGAUGAUAAAGUCCAAUGUAAAGUUUUAGAUUGUGAUAGUAUAUCACAAGUGAAGUCUAAAAUACUCGAUGCUUUAUUUAAAAAUACUCCAUUUAGUAUGAGACCUUCCGUCCACGAUGUUGAUUUAGAAUGGCGACAUGGAAGAGGUGGUCAUGUCACUCUGCAAGAUGAAGAUCUCACAACGAAAACUCUUAACGGCUGGCGAAAGUUAAAUACGUUAGCUCAUUACGGCGUAAAAGAAUCUGCGGUUAUGUCGUUAAUAUCGCGGCAAAACGACAGUUUCAACACACCUUAUAAGAUUCCCUGCAAAAAUUGCACAGGAAUUUACUGUUCCAAUUCUCACAUACGCGUUUACAAAAGUGACAUUAGUGACCAAAAUGUGCACUACUAUCAUUUAGUUAAACCAAUUGAAUACCAACAUAUUGUGAACAAGUCUUCUGAACAUAGUCAUAAAGCCAUUCCAGAGAUAUUCCUAACUCGCCUCUUAUCUACGAAGGGCACAGUCCAUAAGUUUGUUGAUGACUUUUUUAGCACCAUAUUAACAGUAAAUGAAGUUUUGCCUCCUGCUGUUAAGUGGCUAUUUGAUCUUUUCGACGAUGCAGCCAGGGCACAUGGCAUUAUAAACCCUGAGGUUGUUCAUGCCUGGAAGUCAAAUAGUUUACCGCUGAGAUUUUGGGUAAAUCUAAUAAAAAAUCCUGAUUUUAUAUUUGAUAUAAAUAAAACGGCAACAGUAGAUUCCUCUUUAUCUGUGAUUGCUCAAACUUUUAUGGAUGCGUGUUCAUCUUCGGAGCAUCGAUUAUGUAAAGAUUCGCCGUCAAACAAGUUACUUUUUGCAAAAGAUUUGCCGACCUAUAGGGAAAUGGUCAUUCAUUUUUACCAGGCAGUGUCUCAAUUACCUCAAGUAUCCGACCAAGAGCUAAGUACUUCUAUGCAGCAGCUUUCAGUCGAGCAGUUGAAUGAGUUCGAUACUCUAUCGGCUUUAAAAGAGUUGUACAUCUAUGUCAGUAAAUAUAGAGAGCAAAUUAUAUUAGGUCUAGAAAACAAAAUGCACUUAGCUCAUAAAUUAGAUAAUGUAGCGUGCACUUUGGAAGGCGAUCCUUCGGCCGUAUGCUGACUAUAUGAUAAUUUAAGUUAUGAUUUAAUUGCAUUUACAUAAUUAAUUUAUACAACACAAAUUUUGUACAAAGAGCUUUAAUUUAUUCUGAAAAAUACUCAGAUAAACAGAUUUGUAAAAAGACUGUAAAAUAUCAGUUCCGAGACUAGUGUUAAAUUAAUUAAUAUUAUGUUUCUCAAAUGGUUAUUAUUAGAAAUUAAGAAUAGGUAAUAAGUAAGCACCUCUCAAUAUGCCACAGUUGGUUUGAACCAUUUCCGUCUCAUGAACCUAGGUAACGAUUGGCUCUGAUAUUUAUUAUUUUUCCCAGUGGCCAUAUUUUACCAUGGAUGUAUCUAUAAUUUGUAGAUUUAAGUUUCAAGCUCUCUAAAAAUACCUAAAGACUUGUUUUUACUAAUUAGUUCUGGCACUGAUAUGAAUACCUAUAAUAAUGUAAAGUUAUUGAUGUAUGCCGCUGAAAUACUUAAUAUUGAUGUGUAUUACUUUAAGAAGUUGUAUGUGUAAAGAGAAAUAGUUUUAAGAAAAAUGUUGUGAUAUUUGUAUUUGGAAUAUUUAUAACACUUGAUCUUUUUAUACCUGCCUAUUAUUUGAUUUGGUCGAUAAAAGGUACUACGAACGAUCCGCAAGAAUCGCAAAGCGCGCACGCAACAUAUUCUUUCGUAUUUACUGAACAUGCGAACGCUUGGGUGCGCCAACGAAAUGCUGACGAUGUCGGUGCUAACUUGACCUCUGAUGAUGCACUCGAUACAGACGACUAUUACAGCUGAUGUCAUUCACGUUUUCAGUAAAAUGCGUAUUUUAGGCGUCGCGUGUCAUCAUAACAACACGCGAAUAAGCGAUCAUAGCAUGUUCGUGCGAAUUUUACUCGUACGAACGCGCGAUCACACAUUGUAGGUACUGAUCUCGAAUAGGUGUCCUAAAUUAUUGGUAUUCGCGCGGUGAUCGCAUAUUCGCGUUGUAUUAAGACGACGCAUUACGUUUCCUGCGGUCGUUUACGUUUAACUUUAGCAAUUACUUCUACCUUUUACUUCUUUAAGCAACCCCAAGAGGCCUAUUCAGAUCAGGCUAGUUAAAAUUAAAAUUUAAGAUUUUUUAUGUGGGGGGAUACUGGCCUAUCUAUAUUUUUGUUUUUUUUUUAAAUUGACUGUAAAUUUUAAAUUUUUGUUAAGACUCCAAAGAUAGAGCGCCAUUUUGUUUGAAAUUAUUGCAAGGCGUUUAUUUUAUUAAGUUUUGAUUAUAUUCUCAGAAUAAUAUUAUUAUCAUUAAUUUAUCAAACCACAUUCUAGGACACUUUCCUUCUGAAGGUCCGCCAAAAAUUAGAAAUUAAGAACUGAGUAGAUUUGAUUUUUAUGUAAUUUUAUAUAAAUCAUAACGCAUAUUGCAUUCGAUACAAUAUAUGCACACACUGCCGCAAUUUUUAUAUAAUAUAUUAUUGUAUUAACAAAUCGUAUUUGUACUGUCGUUAUUUUUAUUCUUUACAUGCAGUUCAAUCUUUACGGUCGGUGUUAUUAGAUUUCAGAUUUCAUUGAUUGGCCAGUAAAGUGUUCCAUAUUAUCUACCAUAAGGAUUGAAUCACUUUGUCGUAAUACGGAAUCUCCUGUUCCUACUUUAAAAGCUUCUUAAAUAUUAAUGACUCAUUUUUACAUUUGCCAAACAGUAAAUUGUGUCUAAGGGUGAGAUUAAUAGAGCACUCUUUGACUCUUGCUUGCACUUUGCUCCGACUUAAGAUUGCGUUAAAACGAGGCAGAUUUAUAUAAGAGAUAUACAUCCGUCUCGUUUUAAAUCUGUCUUAAGUCUAAGCAAAGUCAAAGUGCGCUCUAUACUAGAUUCUCACCCUUAUUAUUUAAGAAGCUUUUAAGGGAUGUUUCAGUAUUCAGCCGUAUUAACUAUUAUGUACACUAUCCGCUUGCCUGAGACUGCUCGACGCUCGUGGGGUAGGUUGCGGGUUACGGGAGGGUGACAGUUACGUCAAUUGUUAUGUCACUCUCGCAACCCGCGCCCUACUUCACGAGACAUCGCAGUAAAAUGGCAUACCUUAGUGCACUAAAACAGUGUCAAAUGAUUACUUUUUCUACCCUUUUCUUACUCUUAUCUUAUCUCCUUGCUGUCCAAAAAAGUUCUCGCUACCUGUUUUAGUACUUACUUUCCUAAACUUCAAAAGACAAAUUGUAUAAUGUUAUAGAGUAGGUAUGUAUGAAAUAAAAUGUAUGGAUCUUUAGACAUUUUUGAAGAAAUGCUAUUAAUUUUGUGUCGAUCUCUUUUGAUUGCUCAAGAAUCAAGAUCAAUGUAAUUACAUUGUAUAGUUUUUGAACCACACAAUUAAGCACUCGAUUGAAUAUAUCCUAAUUACAUUGGGAUGUUUAACCACCGCCGACGAACGAACGCGACCAUAUAUCGGACCCCCUUAGCAUCAAACUUGUGAUUUUUUUUUGAAGUGUUUGGACCUUAUGGUAUCUGUUAAUGGUACUAGUGGCAACGAAUCUUCUCUAAGACCAGGGACAAAUGCAGCGGAAUUCCGCGUGCAAAAUUCUGCUACCAUGUGACACAUUGAAAUGUUAGGGGAGCGGUAUACCUAAUCUAUGCGGACAAAGCGCUGAAGAAAAUUCUCUUCGCUCUCCGCUAGGGAAGAAUUCCUGGACUAUUUAUUUAUAUAUUGGCCAAGUGUUAGUGUUAUUGAAUUGCAUCAGUUUGAUGCUAGGGGAGAAGGUAGUCGUCCACCAAGUUACAUAAUUUGUAAUUUUGUCACUUUUUCCGAAACGUAUGGAUACUCGUGUAAAUAGUUCGCGAUUGGCGAUACCUAGUUCAGUGAUCGAUCGUUCGUGACGGUAGUUCAAUGCCCAAGUUAGGCACAACGCGCAUUCGCAGAAUGGAGUGGAGCCAAGGCCUCUUUCAUGAUCACAACUAAGCUUUAUUAGGUUUUGCGUCUCUUUGGUUUUCGUAUACCAAUUUCAACUGUAUGACCGAGUAAAUAAAGCUGAGAUUGAGUUAUCAGAAAGACUCAGCUCCACUCCAUCUAUAUGCGGCGGCCCUUAAAUAUUAUAUGAAUUUCAUGUUAAUAAAGGAUGACAUUAUGAUAUUCCAUCUACAAAAUAAUUUAAGCUUAGAAUAUAAUUCGUUAGUAAUUUAAGACAGCGUAAAUUCACCCGUCUCUUAAAAUUUUAUAUAAUUGACUUAGAAAUACAUAUACUUAUUUAUCAAAUUUUUUGUAAUGAUUAAUUUAAUUAUGAAUGGAAAAAAUGAAACGAAUAUUGUGUAUUAUUUCGAUCACAUUUAUUAGGCAAUAUACAUUGUUAGAAAAAUUAGCACAUUCAAAUAAUAAUUUCCAACAUUAUCUAUCUAUUGCUAGUAGCCUCAGACUACAACACAUGUCAGAUUAGGUACACUACACAUUUUUCUGGUAUGAUCCAGAGACCACAGGUUUUUACAUAAAUCACUAUAUUUUUUCAAUCCAGAUAAAAAGACAAUCUCAAUUCAAAGUACAGUCUGUUUUUAGAUGGCUAAGCAAAAUAGAACGUUAUCUUACAGCCAAAGUUAAUAAAUAAUAAUCAAUCCUAUCUGUAAUCUGUCGAUUACUUACAUGGCAGUUUUAUUAAAAAUGGUAUGGUAUUUUUUGACAAAUAACAAAGUUGCUAAGUAACUUAUCGAUAUAUUAAAGAUAUUUCGGCUAUUAAUCAACAAAGGUUGUAACUUGUUACCUCAAACAAAUCUAUUUCAUCUCAUUUGAUUUAAAAAAAUUACUUAUUUUUAUUUUCACACAUACUUAUAUAUCAAUAGCAUGAUCUUAACUGUAGCUGUACAUCCCAGCUAUUUAAAAGGCGCAAUACAGAGUUUUUCAUAUAAAUGAACACAAUCAUUAAUUCAUUAUAAUAAAUGCCCUUUAAAAUAUAAUUUGCAAUAGUUCAUAUUGCAUAACAACAAUUACUAUAGGAAGUGUCUAGACGGCCACAAGCGGUUGUUUGAUAAUAAAAAUUACUAAGCCAGUCUAUUAGCUUUUAAAAUUUGUACCUUAACGCAAAUGCAUAGGAUUCAAUUUUUAAUACAACUUAAUGUCCAUGAGAUUCACAUUAAAAAUACGUGUUACCGGAUAAUUUUUAGUAUCAAAUAUCCGCUUGUGGCGUUCUAGACACUUAUAUUAUUAAUUAAUAUUACAUAAUUAUAUAUAUAUCUCAAUUGGACCGGACUUUUCUAAUACAACUAUCAGGGACCAUCCCAUCCCAGAUCACAGGCCCCCUAGCACCAACCUUGAGACUAUCACAGUGCGAUCAUAUUCUUGUUUUUUGGGCUAGAUAAAACUGUAAUAGUAAAAGAGUGCAAGAUAGUCCGAUUAGAUUGUCGUUUAUUAUUAUCAGUCACAUUGUCGCUGUCAAAGAUAGGUGCUAGACGUACAAGUAUAAAAUAUUAAAGCGCGCGCAAAACAAUAGUCGUGUUCGUUUUGCUUUUUUUUGUACACGAUUUGCAUAUACGCAAUUAUUAAAAUUAGUUUUGCGCGAGAGUCCUUAUUUCUGACAAGUGAUUUGGAUUCAAGUUUAAACAACUGCGCAUGCACGAAUCACGCAUAUGCGCACAAGAAAAGCAAACGAACACGACUAAUUAAUCCAAUCUGAACAAGAGGUGUUACUGCGCAUUGUACUAUACAAAAACAGAUCUCUGAUGGGCUUGUGUAUUUAAUCCUUAGUCUAUGACUCACGUAAACCGCGAUGUUGCAACUUUAGAUUGGACUAUUUGUUUUGCUGCACUGUAAUUCUUCACAUUAUGACGCUUGCUAUU